GCUUCGGGGCCACCAACAUAUAAAAAUCUCAGCUCAAAUCUCAACCUCAAAUCUUAGAUUUCUGCCUCACCUGAGAUUUUCCUAAAACACCGUGCCACCAACAUUUCUGAGAUUCGUCUCACGUGAGCUGAGAUUUGAGAAAAAUCUCAAAUUGUUUUUAAAGUUGUAAGCGGCCAUGAACAUAAUAAAUUCUACUUUCACUUUAUUGUUUUCAUUUGUUUUAUUACGAAAUAUAAGAUAGCAUGUAUAUUUACAUAUUGAUAUCGUAACAAUCAAUGACGUCACAUGUAGAGACCGUCUGCAAUAUUAUCAAACAUGGCAUCAGACUACGAGAUAGCUAUGGAAAUCGCUAAUAACAAUGAUAACUGUUCAACUGGAUCCGCACCCGCCUCUCUCUUGAAAAAAAGACCGAAUUGGACUGAGCUGGAGAAAAAGAUUCUGGUUGAAGAAGUACAUGCGAUGGAGGGGGUACUGUUCGGAAAAUUUAAGGGCGGAUUCGGGGGGAAAGCAGCCAAAGAAAAGGCGUGGGCUGAUGUGGCGGAGGCAGUGAAUGGAGGUAGUGGUUCAGGAAACUCAAGGACUGGGGUAGAAGCCCAAAAACAGUACAGCAAUUUGAAGCAGAGAGCCAAAGGAAAGUUGUCGGAGAUGAAGAGGCCUAAGACAGGUGGUGGUCCAAAGCCCCCAAGUCCAUCUCCUGCAGAAAAAUCCAUCUUGGAUAACUUGGAAGGUAGACCUUCAUUGGAAGGUAUAUCUGGAGGGAUAGAUACAGCUGAUCUGUUGCCAACCCAGCCUUCCACCUCCUCAGAUAUGCCUGAAAAGAAAAAAGAUGUCAGAGAUUCUGGUAAGUCAUCAAAGAGGAGAAUGACAAUUCAGGAUUUGGAAGAAAGGAACCUCUGUCUUGAAAAUGAUAAAUUACAAGAAGAAAUCAAGAAGAUCAAAGAUGAAAGAGAGCUUAUCCAAUCACAGAAAUCUUAUUAUGAUUUAAAAUUUCAAAUAUUGGUUAAUUCAAAUCCAGAGGUUGUAGCUCAAAUGUUAAAAAGUAAUGAAAUUUAAAAGUUUGUUAAUGGUUAAUCAGGUAGUGUAGGGAUAUAAAUGCAUUUCUGGUGCUGCAUGAUGAAAUAUUGUAGUUACCAUAUAAAAUUUUUAGGUCACCCAAGUUACUCAGAAGCCUUUUUAUGCCCCGCCAUGAAUAUGGCCGGGGCAUAUAGUGUUUGUCAUGUCCGUCUUCUGUCCUUCCGUCUGUCUUUUCGUCACGCUUUGCAUU